AUGAAUAGAAGAAGAAGGACUGCAAGGCAGAGCUCAAACGUGUUUCAGGCUUUUCUGCAGCCGCAGAUACUGGAGCUGAAGGAGAUAUUUAACAUGCUCGACAGCACCGCAGACGGGUAUAUUUCAAAGGAGGACCUUGUCUCGUUCUUGGACAGCAUUGGGUCUCCGCACACCGAGGAGGAGAUUGACGAGAUGAUGUACGAAAUGGGGGACCGGUUCAACUUCACGCAGUUCCUGACGUCUCUCUGCGAAAAGCUUGCAAACCUGGACGCGCUUAACGUGACAGAAAAGGCGCUGCAGGCGCUUGACCCAGCUGGGUCCGGGAAGGUGGCGCUGUCUGAUCUGAAAGAGAGCCUCACGCGGGGAGAAAAUGCAGUAACCUUGCAGGAGUGGAGCAUUCUGGAGAAAGAGCUGAGCGCUGAGAACGGCGUGCUUCCUAUUCCACAGGUGGCAAAAGUCAUAAAAAACUGCGGGCUUUCCUGGGAAGAGAGAUAG